AUGUCAACCCCCAAUCCACCCAGAUCGUCCUCCCCGCUCAACUUCCCUUCUUCCUCUGUGGAUGGGACACCGAGAGCAUCACAGCUCAGAAACGCUGGGAAUGCUCCCCCUGGCUCAUCCUCACCUCUUCAUUUCCCUACUUCUUCGCCUAGACCCGCAGCUGGUAGGAGUGGGAAUGUCAUUCCAAGUUCAGAUGGUCUUAGGAGGAUUAGGGGUGAAACCCCGCUAUUCUUCCCUGCUUCUGGCGGCUCGACACCUCGUAGACAACGUCGAGGUGAUAUCCACUCUUCUUUCCCACUCUCCUCCCCCUCUCUUGCUCGUCGUACCGUCCAAAAUACACCUCUGAUCGUCCGAGGAUCAUCUCCCUCCGGUAACACAGAUAUCGAUAUCGACGGCGACAAUGGGGAUCCUACUACUCCCCGAGCAUCCAGUAGGUUACACGGUUCCUCCGCUCCUACUUUAUCUGCCGUCGCUCCCUCUCAAGAUAAUGCCUUUGGAGGGGAAGACGCAAAUGGUGAAGGUGGUAUGGUCAAGUACAUCUGGGGAACUACCAUCUCUCUCCAGGAGUCUAUGAAUCUCUUCAGAGAUUUCUUAAGAGGCUUCAAACCUAAAUAUCGAGCAUUGUACAACUCCAACUUAAACAAGACCAUCGCUGAAUCAGGUGGUAUAAUCCCACCCUCUAUACCCUUAUACGAUAACUUACCGACCGCCAAAGCCGAAGUGGUCUUAUAUGAAAAUUACCUCAAGAGAAUGCAAAUGACUGGAGAAACGAAUUUGAAUUUGGAUUCAAUCAACUUGUUGAGUUAUCCACCAACGAAAAAGUUGUAUCAUCAAUUGAUGAAUUACCCUCAGGAGGUGGUACCCAUCAUGGAUCAAGUACUUAGAGAUACGAUGAUUGAGUUAUCCGAAGAGAGCUUGGAUCAAGCUAGACAGAAGUAUUCGGAAGGUUUGAUAGAGAAGUUGGCUUUGGAUUUACUCACCGAUGAGUCUAACACGAUUCAGAGUAAGGUUUUCAAGGUUAGACCGUUUGGAGGUGAGAGGGCUGUGAAUAUGAGAGAUCUGAAUCCUGGGGAUACCGAUAAAUUGGUUUCUGUCAAAGGUCUCGUUAUUAGAGCUACUCCCGUCAUCCCUGACAUGACUACUGCCUUCUUCCGCUGCAUGGUCUGCCAACAUACCGUUCAAGCCGACAUCGACCGAGGUAAAAUCAACGAACCCGAACGAUGUCCUCGAGAUGUGUGUAGUCUGAAGGGAACCAUGUCACUCAUACACAAUCGAUCCGAAUUCACCGACAAGCAAGUCAUUCGACUUCAAGAAACUCCCGAUGCAGUUCCCGAUGGACAGACACCUCACACUGUCUCAUUAUGUGCGUAUGAUGAGCUGGUCGACUUGGUCAAACCUGGUGAUCGAGUGAUCAUUACUGGUAUCUUCCGAUCUAUACCAGUUAGAGUCAACCCCCGACAGAGAAGUAUCAAAUCGCUCUUUAAGACCUAUCUCGAUGUCGUACAUAUCAAGAGGACCAACACUGGUAGAAUGGGUUAUGAUCCCUCUACAAGAAGUGGGGAAGGUAAACCACCUGGAGUAGGAGUUGGCGGAGAAGAUGAUGAGGAUGAGAUUUUAUCCAGGCAAGAUAAAGAUAUAAUGGAUCAAGAUAACAACGCUGAAGAAGAUGAACCUACAUUCACCGCUUCAGCGGAAAUGGAGCAGAGGUUAAUUGAGUUAUCGAAUAAUCCAGAGAUAUAUGAGAUCUUAGCUAGAUCCAUGGCACCUUCAAUUUACGAAUUGGAAGAUGUCAAGAAAGGAAUUUUACUUCAAUUGUUCGGCGGUACGAACAAAUCUAUCGCCAGAGGUGGUGGAGGGGGUGGACCGAGAUACAGAGGUGAUAUCAAUGUGCUUAUGGUCGGUGAUCCCGGUACGAGUAAAUCUCAAAUUUUACAGUACGUCCAUAAGAUCGCUCCUAGAGGUGUAUACACUUCGGGUAAAGGUUCUUCAGCGGUCGGUCUGACCGCGUAUGUGACCCGAGAUCCUGAUUCCAAGCAGCUGGUCUUGGAAAGUGGAGCUUUGGUACUUUCCGACGGUGGUGUAUGUUGUAUCGAUGAAUUCGAUAAAAUGUCAGAUGCUACUCGAAGUGUUUUACAUGAAGUUAUGGAACAACAAACCGUCUCUAUAGCCAAAGCGGGAAUCAUCACCACUCUAAACGCUCGAACUUCCAUUCUCGCAGCCGCUAACCCAAUCAACUCGCGAUACGACCCUAAAUUACCUAUUCCAGCUAAUAUCGACCUUCCACCUACUCUCAUUUCGAGAUUUGAUCUACUGUAUCUUGUUUUGGAUAGAGUGGAUGAACUGAACGAUAGGAGAUUGGCAAAGCAUUUGGUAGGACUGUAUUUGGAGGAUAGACCUGAAACGGCUGGUGAAGAUAUCAUUCCUCUUGAUACUCUCACAGCAUACAUCACCUAUGCUCGAGCCAAAGUACAUCCCGUCUUGUCCGAAGAUGCCUCGACAGCGCUGGUUCAAGCAUACGUGGAGAUGCGAAAGGCAGGAGUAGACUCGCGUACACAAGAGAAGAGAAUCACAGCCACUACAAGACAACUCGAAAGUAUGAUUCGACUUUCCGAGGCACAUGCCAGGAUGAGGUUUAGCGAGAGUGUGGAUCUGAGUGAUGUGGUGGAAGCUGUUAGAUUGAUUAAAUCUGCUUUAAGGGAGAGUGCAACCGAUCCAUUAACAGGUCAAAUCGAUCUUGAUCUCUUGACACUUGGUGCGGGAUCCUCAACCCGAAGGGCUCGAUCGGAUAUGAAGAAAGAACUUUUGAACCUUGUCGAUUCAUCAGGUAGUAGGACGGGAUUGAAAUGGUCUACGGCCAUCAAAGGUUUAGAAAACCAAUCAACUGUUCCGAUAGAUCAUUCUGCAUUCGCGGAAGUGGUCAGAGGUCUGGUGGAUGAAGGUGUUCUGAAGGUUGUAGGAGAGAAAGAGAGGAGGACAAUCAGGAGGUUGGCUGAUUAA